AUGAAGCCAUCGGCUGGCUUUCUGCUGCUGGCAGUGCUGCUCUCAGCCGCAGUGAGGUUCGCUCAGGCCCGGAUUAUACACUCGUACUUCAAGCUCGGCGGCACGUUGGUCCUCAAACCUGCCUCGGUCUCUGCUCGCAUCACCAGCAUCGCGUGGAAGCGGGACGGAGAACUGUUGGCCGAAUGGGUGGAAGAUGUGAUUCCCCGGACAUAUUACGGCAGGUUUGGAGGCCGAUCAGAGGUGAACACGAACGCAGGAGUGUUGGAGAUCAGGAACAUGACUGCAGCUGACUCUGGGGUGUAUUCGGUGGAGAUCAACAACCAGCCCCAGAGUCAGACUCAUCAGGCCGUGAGGAUCAGAGAAGUGCCCCAGCCUGAGGUCACGGUGAGGCCGCCGAUGUGCGGCUCGAGUUUGGAGAACUGCACACUGAGCUGUGACGGAGACGUUAAAGACGCCGAACCUGUCGAGUAUUUCUGGAAGAUCGGAGGUGGAGAGUGGGAACAGUCGGGAAAAAUCAUGGAGAUCAAUAAUUCUGAGGAAACACAGUGUGUGAAGAUGUUUUCCUGCAGGAUGAAGAACCCAGUGAGUGAGCGACACAGCGAACCCAUCACUAACCCGUUUCACCAGCACAGAAAUCUGGACUAUAGAUGGUGGAUCCUCACGCUUGUAGGCGCUGCCGUCCUGGCGGUGGUCGCGAUCUCGGCUGGUUUCUGGCUCCUGGCUGUGCUGCUCUUAGCUGCAACCAGCUUCUCUCAGGAUCAGAUUGUAAAGAAGUACUUUGAGGAUGGCGACACGCUUCAGCUCAGCCCUCAGACGGUCUCUGAACAGAUCACCAGCAUCGUGUGGUAUUGUGAUGAAUACCUGCUGGCUGAGUGGGUGAAAGACUUGAUUGAGCUGAGAGAUCACAUCUCGUUUAAAGGCCGAGCCACUCUGAACACUGACACGGGAGUGUUGGAGAUCAGGAACAUGACUGCAGCGGACACUGGGGUGUAUUCAGUGGAGAUCAACAACCAGCUCCAGAGUCGGGUUCAUCAGACUGUGAGGAUUAAAGCAGUGCCUCAGCCUGAGGUGAGUGUGACGCCGCUGUUGUGCAACUCAACCUCAAAGAGCUGCACGCUGAGCUGUGACGGAGACGUCAGCGCUGCUGGGCCUGUCGAGUAUUCCUGGAGGAUCGGAGACGGAGAGUGGAAGCAGUCAGGAACGAACAUGGAGAUCAUCAAUAAUGAGGAAACGCAGCGUGUUACGAAUUUCACCUGCAGGAUGAAGAACCCAGUGAGUGCGAGAGACAGCAAACCUCUCCCUAACCCACUCUUCCAAAUGCCUCGCUUUCCAUCUUCAUCAUCAGCGACGACGGUCAGUGACGAUACAGAGAGCGAACCGCUAACAAAGACCCAGAUUACAAAUGGAGUUUAG